UAGAACCCGGAUGUUCAGUCGGUUCCUGUAAAGUUCUGAAUGGAAAAUUAUUUGAGGUCAAAACAUGAAUUUUAACCUGUUUUAACCAAAUUGUCAGUGAUUUUAUCAUCCCAAGUUUUUAAAAUGGUGUGCAAAGAUGAUCUUUGUAGAUGGUUUAAAAACUUAAGUCCGCACAAAAGGAUAGAUUAUAUGUGCGGAAUGUUACAAAUGUGUCUCCCUAUGGAACUAAGAUUCAUAGGGUCGUAUGUUGAAGAUUUAGCAAAGAAGGAUUUUCACCAAUUGAGAGAAUCUGAGGGUAAAGCAAACAAUCGUCAUGAACUGUCAAAAUUUAGUGAAACAAAUGGCAGAGUAUUUAGAACUAAAAUGGCAGUGUAUUUAGCACUUAUGCAUUCAUCAAACCGUAGUUGUUCCAAUAUAAUUUUUAAAUUGUUGGAAACACAUGUUUGUGAGGCCUUAACUGUGAUUGAUUCUAUGGAUGCUUUGACUAUUCACAGUAUUCUCCUAGUGUUGUCAAUGGCAAUGAAUCACCCGGCAUUUACUUUUCAUCAGAAAUCAAGAAUGUUUGAUUAUUACAGGGAAGCAAGUGAGGCAGCUGAAAGAAUUAUGAAUAAGAAUGUACCAGAGCCUGAGCUAUUGAUAUUAUCAGAGUCAUGUGACUUGCGAUCAUGUGACCAGAGACUGUCACCUAUGUGUUCUCCUCAUGUACCUCAAAUGCGUUUAAUACCUAGUCCAGUAGUACCAUUAACCUCACAGUAUAGUCACAAUCCAGCAACACAAGAAAAAGUAUAUGUUUGCAAGAUAGACAUGAAAGGUGUCAAACAGAGAGAACAAGAAACUAUAGAGUAUACUAUUCAGGUUACUUGGUCAAAUGGUGAGAAGAAGAAUGUGUUCAAAACAUAUCAGGAAUUAGUGGAGUUUCAUAGAAAGUUGAUAAGUACAUUUGAAGAUAGACUGUCUCAUGAAGAAACUAUAAAGCUACCAAUACUUAAAGGUACGCAGAACCAUAGAAUCGAGAACCAGGAAGUACUUAGCCAGUAUGUAUCGUCACUAUCCAACUUACCCGAGCACAUACGACAGAGUAACUUCUUUACGUUGUUCUUCGAGAAUGCGAUGCAAAGGCCAGUAGAGAUGACCGAUGCAUGUACUAGUCCCCGCCCACCUGUAUUAGCCAAUGUACCUGUUGUACAGCGAUUACCAAACUCAGGAGAUGAAGAUGCUGUGAUAGACCAGACAUAUGUUGGUCAGCCACCUUCUCAAAAUGUAUACACCCCAUAUCUCUCACAGUCACCUAUUAAUGGGGACAUGUGUAAUCUAUCUCCCAAUAGUCCAUCUCAUCAUGAAAUAGCUUACCAGGCUGCUGCUGCUCUCAGUCCCAUGCUCGGCCAAAACAAAAUCUCCACUUAUUACUCCCUUGCCACUCUCCUGUUUUCCUCCAUGGAAUCUCCAGGCAAACAGUGUGGCCUGGUUCCCCUUCUUACAUGA